AUGGCGAGUUUUACACUCGUCUAUUUUGGUACCAAUCUAUUAUUUAUCCAAAACUUUCAUUUUGAUGCCCAUUGGCAUAUUUACCAAGAAUUUAAUCAAUUUAUUUUUUUACCACUUAAUAUUUUUUUGAAAUUGUUUUUCAAUACCUCAAUUAUAAAUAUCCUUUAUAAUUCCAAGAAAAUAUCGGUUUUUUAUUUCUUCAUUGCCAUCAUUCAAUAUUUUCUAGUUAUAGUAUCAUUUGGGAUCAUGAUAGGGCUAUUAACUGGCGGAUUCUUAGGUUACAUUCAAAGUAAUUUGAAAGUACCUGAUUAUUCCAUAGAUAUCCCUAUUUGGAAAUAUUCUACACUAAUUUUUAGUUUUAUUAAAAUUAGAUUCUUUGAGACACAAACUUCAAUAAAAGAUGUUUUAUAUUCUAUUAAAGCAAACUUUAGAAGGCUAUUUAAGAAUAUUAAUAUCAUUAUUACAGAUGAUAUAAUGACAUCUGAUUCUAUUAUAAAUACUAUCAAUGAUACACCCAAUAUUGAUAAUAAAACUAGCAACAUAGAUAUGAAUGAUUCUAAAUAUUUACGAAAUUCAUUAAUUGAUUAUGGUUCUACCCCUACCCCAACUCUAAGAUCGAAGAAAAAUUCAGAUAUAACCCCUAACAGAUCAUCACUGCCUACGAAAGAAGAGGUGCUUGAUUUGAUGACUAAACUACCGUCAAAUUAUUUCCAAAAUGACAAUAAUAAUGAUUAUAUUAACGGGGCAAUUCAAUUACAAACUCCCAAGAGUGAAAAUGGGACCUUCGAUAACAGUAUUGAAUCUAAUAAUAACUUUGGCUCUCAAGAAGGAGAUUCAACUUCGGAUAUGUCAGAUAUUUGGGAUAAUACUACCAAUACAAAUAUUCCAAAUUCGUUAAGGACGGAUACAGAUGCAGGCUAUACAACAAUUCCGACCACAAUAUCAACUGGUCAAUUCAUAAAGGCAACUGGCCGUUCAAGUCCAAUUACUUCAACGACAAGAAAAUAUACAAAGUAA